AUGUCUAAUCGUGUAGCAUCACCAACUAAUCCAGCCGCAUUAGCAGCUGCACAAGCAUCACAUAGUCCAGUUAUCAACUCCAAAAACACUUCAGCAGUUAUGAACCAACAUCUUCAUCAUCACUCACAAGCCAAUGGUGCUCCACUCAAUACAGCAGCAGCAGCCGCUGCUUCUUCAUCGAGCAACUCCAAUUCCUCAGUUGUUGGCUUACAUUACAAAAUUGGCAAGAAAAUUGGUGAAGGUUCAUUUGGAGUUAUAUUUGAAGGUACAAACAUUAUAAAUGGAGGUCCAGUGGCCAUUAAAUUUGAACCUAGAAAGACUGAAGCGCCUCAAUUAAGAGAUGAGUAUAGAACUUAUAAACAUUUACAAGGAUGUGCUGGUAUUCCCAAUGCAUAUUAUUUUGGUCAAGAAGGAUUGCAUAACAUUUUAGUUAUUGAUUUAUUGGGUCCUUCAUUGGAAGAUUUAUUUGAUUGGUGUGGAAGGAGAUUUUCCGUAAAGACAGUUGUACAAAUUGCUAUACAAAUGUUGACUUUAGUUGAAGAAGUGCAUCGUCAUGAUUUGAUUUAUAGAGAUAUUAAACCUGAUAAUUUUCUUAUUGGACGUCAAGGCAUGCCCGAUGAAAAUAAUGUUCAUUUAAUUGAUUUUGGUAUGGCAAAACAAUAUCGUGAUCCAAGAACAAAACAACAUAUUCCAUAUAGAGAAAAAAAAUCAUUGAGUGGUACUGCUAGAUAUAUGUCGAUAAACACCCAUUUAGGAAGAGAACAGUCAAGACGUGAUGAUUUAGAAGCAUUAGGUCAUGUUUUUUUUUACUUUUUAAGAGGUCAAUUACCAUGGCAAGGUUUAAAAGCACCAACUAAUAAACAAAAAUAUGAAAAGAUUGGUGACAAAAAGAGAACAACCCCAGCAGUUACUCUUUGUGAUGGAUUACCUACACAAUUUGCCGAAUAUUUAGAUUCAGUAAGAUCAUUACCAUUUGAUGCUGAACCUCCUUAUGAAGAAUAUAGAAUGUUGUUGGUUUCAGCAUUGGAUGAUUUAGGACAAUCAUGUGAUGGAGACUACGAUUGGAUGCAUUUAAAUGGAGGUAAAGGAUGGGAUGCUGCAAUCAAUAAGAAACCUAAUUUGCACGGAUAUGGACAUCCUAAUCCUCCAAAUGAAAGAGAAAGAAGACAUCGUGAUCAAAGAAGGAGUAGACAACCACAACAACAACAACAGCAACAACAGCAAGCGCAUCAGCAACAACAACAACAAUCACAACAACAAUACCAACAACAACAACAAUUGAAUCAACCACAACUGCAACUGCAAUUAUCAGCAGCUCAAUUGCAUCAACAAAAAUUACAACAUUUAGUUAAUAGACCAUUACCGCCAAUCAAACAAGAAUCAAACUCGGCAUUGCCUACAACUAGUCGGAAUGACAUGUUGGCAAACAAUGGUGGUGGAAAUAGUGUUGCUGGUGGUGCAGGUGCUGGUGGCAAAUAUGAAGGGUAUGGACAAUACCAACAACAACCACAUCAACAACAACAUCUUGAUGAGGAUGAAGAACACAAGGGAUUAUUUUCUAAGUUAUGUUGUCAUUAG